CUGUGGGGCCACUUGCUCAGAGGGACAGCGGGAGGCCUAGUAGAACUAUAUAUUUACUAGACUGGUGGGGAGCCAAAGCCUGUGCUUAGCGAUCUCUCUCUAUAUUUGUUUUCGAAAGAUCCGUUGCUGGCGUUCAUUGUUAAGAGUAGCGAUCUCUCCAUACAUACUAUGCUAGUCCCUCUAGAGAAAUUUCAGAAGUUACCAAUUGAGACCUAAAGACCGACCUGAAUCAUGCAUCCAUUGGAGCUCUUCCUGGUGGUCUUGGUUACCACCGGUGCCGCCUCUGCGGUGUACAGCCAUCCUGCCGCCGCUGGUACUCCAGCGGCACGGUUUUGGGAGGAGGCCCUCCCUGGCACACCCAUGCCGGAGGCCAUCGCCGACCUCAUCCAACAAGGCAUUGACCAUUCCCCUCUCGUGGAGCAUUUCACUUCUAGCGGCCACACCCCUGUCAUGAACAUAAACUACGGCUACGGGGCCUACGCCGGCAGCUCUCUAAUGAACGCAGCAGUGCCCCCAGGCUCCUUCUUCCUCCAGUCUCAGCUGCGCGUGGGAACCGCCAUGACCGUCUCCUCCGAGUCGGCAGCUACCGUGCCACCCAUCCUCCCACGCGACGUCGCCCAGAAGGUCCCAUUCAGCAACCUAGCGGACGUGCUCGCCGCGUUCCACAUCUCGCCAAGCUCCGCCGAGGCGACGACGGUGAGCGACACCCUGAGCCUGUGCGGAGCCCCGCCGUCACUCGCCGGUGAGCAGAAGGCCUGCACCACGUCGCUGGAGGACACCGUGGAGAGCGCCACGCACAUGCUCGUCGUCGGCAGCAGCGUUCGUCAUGGGGUGGUGUAUUUGUGGGCGGCCUCGUCGGCGGCGGCGGUGCCGCCGGCGGCACACCACCACCAGCAGCAGUACGUUGUCCAGGCGGUCACCUCGCUCGACGGCGAUCGCCACGUCGGCUGCCACGCCAUGCCGUUCCCGUACGCCGUCUACUACUGUCACAUGACGGGGCGGCCGUCCAAGGCGUACGCGGUCUUGCUCCGCAGCGUCACCGGCGGCAGCAGUGCGCCGGUCACCAAGGCGGCGAUCUGCCACCUCGACACCUCCAACUGGGACCCGGCGCACCCGGCCUUCGAGAUGCUGCACACACGGCCGGGCGGCGAGCCGGUUUGCCACUUCAUGUCCUAUGCCAGUUUGCUCUUUGGUGAGAAGGCAGCCAAUUAACGGUUAAUAACAAAAUACAUUGAAGAACGCUGCUCAUCCAAGCUUCAUCAUAAGUAUAAUUAGCUGUGUGGUGUCUUUUUUUUAUUGCGAGUAAUUAGCUGUGGUGUCUGGUAUAUAUAAGUAUGUCCGGUCUCCGUUCUUGUAUAGUAUAUAUAGCAUGUUUCUGUUGCACUGUUGGUGUAUGUCGUCCUUAGUUCAUCUCAGAUACGUAUCUUGUGUAUUGCUGUGGCGUGGCGUCCUAUAUUGUACUGUGGUUAUGUGGAAAAAUAUGGUUUUUUAGGGCACUAUAGA